CUCCACACAGACUCUACCUACACAUUUUCAUUAAGAGAAGAGCUCUCUGUGUGUUCAGACAUGUUGUUUAGGAUUUCCUGCUUAUUUCUUGUCCUUGGGUUUUGGGGUCCGGUUCACGGCGGGCCCCUGACAAACCCCCACCCCAACAUAACGGACCAGCAGCUGUUCUGGGGCUCCGACCAGUACGACUUUUCUGUGGUGCUUCCUGCUGCAGGGCUCGAGUGUUUCUGGCACUUUGCUCACCACGGAGAGCGAUUCUACCUGAGCUUUAUGGUCCAGUGGGUGACGGGAAUCAGCCAUGACAGACACCUGUCUGUCACCGUCAACGCUCCCAGCAGUCUCAUAGUGUCGACUGUUGAUGAUGCCAAGGGUCAGAUCAACUUUGAGGCCAAGGAAACAGGUUUCUAUCAGAUGUGUUUCAGCAACUUCCACAACCGCUUCGGCACCAUGCAGGUCUUCCUCAGCUUCGGCGUUUACUACGACGGCUACCAAGACCCUGCCAAGCGCAAGGAUGAAGAGAGGAAGAAGAAAGCGGAAGUCAGCAAAGACCUGAACAACACACUGAGCGUCAUAGAGGAUGCGACUCACAAAGUGGAGAACUACGUCUUCCACAUGUUUCGCUACUACAACUUCGGCCGCAUGAGGGGCAGCGCCGACCACUUCCUGCUGCUGUCCAACUCGCAGUACAUCACCUGGUGGUCGAUAGCUCUCAGCCUCCUCAUCGUCACCUGCGGGUACCUGCAGCUCCUCUUCCUCAAAAGACUCUUCAUCACCAAGACCAGCGGCGAGGAGGAGAAGCCUCGCUGCUGACACAAUCACUCAAACAAUAGAGCUGUGUGAAUGAUCUGUACUUUCUUUCUGGUUUUUGUGUUUGUGUACUUGUAUUUCUUCACGCAGCAUUAAUAAACUUCACUACAAGAAGAUGA